ACUUCAACACGCUCCACGAUGUCGAGGGCCUUGAGUACAGCUCAGGUCAUCGGCCUGGGUGAAUAUCUUAACCCCGAAUUUGAUCCCGCUACUCUUACAGUAUCUCAACUUCUUGGUGUUCUUGGAUAUCACAACAUAAGAUUUCCGACUCCUUACACCAAGCCAAAAUUAGUGCAGCUUUUCCUUGAUGAAAUUAGGCCAAAGGCAGCCAAAUUCAAGAAGGACAGGCUGAAGAACGAAAAUAGUGUCGCCAGCGACAAUGGAAUAACCGAUGGCAUGACAGGAAAACCCCUCAGCGGUGCCACUCAGCCAAGACGAUCUUCCAGGAGGGUUUCUCGUGCACCGUCGGAUGAUGAUGAACCGCCGCCUCGACCAGAUCCGCCGAAGCGCCGUCGUUCGUCUGCACAACCCAGCCUCGGUGGCGCACAUAAAACUAUUGCUCGUGCCGCCGUGCAGCCCGCAGUUAUUGAGGAAAGUGAACCCGAGGACGAGAAAGAAGAUCCUCCUUUGCGUAAGGUGGGCAGGAACAAGAAGAGUUCUCAAGCCGCCGGUUCGCAAGCGCGCAGAAUCUCGCUUGCAGAUGACAGCGGAUGGGAGGAUAAUAACAUCUUCCAGUCUGGUGGUGAAUCAUCUUCGCCUGCUCGGCCGUCUCCUGUGCGUCCGCAAAGCGCUCGCAAAGGUAUUUCAAUUCGGAAAUCACGCCACUCGAUGUCAGCACCUCCUCAAACAUCUCCGUCUUUAUCUCCUCCGAAAGCGCCUUUCUCAGGAGAUCUACAGCGCUCGCCUCCGCAGUCAAAGUUUGAACCAGAAUUACCUCCUAUGAUAUCACGACAGCCCCGAAUCUCAACCCCGUCUGAGAAGAUUCGUUUCAGUCCCAUCGAACAUCGGGCUAGACCGUCUCCCUCGCCUCAAUUGAUAAGCAAGGUUAAUGCCCGUGGUCUAGAGUUUGAUGAUGCCACGGGCGUUUUUGAUGACCAGACACCUGAUGGAAGCCAGAGCGACGAUUUCGGGGAACCUGAUUCGCUAGAGGUUGCCGUACCCAAUCGUGUGGCUGAUGGUGACCAAUUGAUUCGCCGGCGUCCAGCCCCCCCGCUGCAACGAUCUAGGUCCCGCUUCAUGACAUUCCUCUACCUAAUCAUGAUGGUCGUCGCAUCAUACUUGGUGACGCAGUACAAAGAUGAAUCAUCCGCCAUUGGUUAUUGCGAUACUGGCAGCGACACGAAUCAGGCUUUACGGGACCUUGAAGCGCAGCGGGAGGCAGUCCGAGCUGGUGACAAAGACAAUAGGACUAUUAUUCAUCUCCCGUCGGUCAUUUCAGAUACGGGGUUGUUCGAGGAUGGAAUUUUCUUUCCACCGUUCAUUCCAGCCUUGCAACCUUCGACAUGUACUCCUUGUCCAGAAUUUGCUUCCUGCACGCGACACUCGGUGGUAUGUAACCCUAGUUAUGUCCUCCAACCACACCCUAUUCUUGGCAUCUUAUCACCUUUCGGCACCGUAACCCCUCUCGUGGAAAGCAUAUGGAGCUUGAUUGGUUACGUUACCAACGGCUUACCAGGUUUGGGCCCUGUUGCGUUUCCCCCACGUUGCAGCGAAGAUCCGAAACGAAAAAGGAAUAUAGGCGCCUUGGGUAAGGCCAUAGAAGCGCUUCUCGGCCAGGAACGAGGGAGACGCGUGUGCAUCGGGGAAAAACAAGGUCGAGAGAUCGUCAAGGAUAAUGAAGGGGGCGAGGCCAAGAAAUGGGGUCUAGAAGUCGAAAUUCUGAGGAACACAAUGAAGCGCAAAACAGCUCCGCAACUUCUCGCCACUUUUGAUGACACGUUCAAUGAAGCCAUACAACAGCUAGUCCAAUGGGGUUCCGUAAUUUUUGGGGAGGACAACGUUGGUAAUCGUUAUUUAGCUCACAAGACGCCACACUUGACUUGGAACUGUCAACUUACUGUCAAGUCUCGGGACCUAUGGGAGCAGUGGCGAGCAUCUGUGUAUGCAUCCAUUGCAUGCGUGGGCGCGUUCUAUUUCAUAAAGCGGUCCCGUGCGCACCGCCAAAUCGAGGGAAGACGUGUGGCAGAAUUAGUGCAAAUCGCACUUGAUACUUUGCGUAAUCAAGAGCUUGCGCACCAUACGGAUCCAGUGACGGCACCACACCCAUAUUUGUCUUCUUUGCAGCUUCGUGAUCUCAUCUUACAGGAUGAACACUCAAUAUCGGUUCGAAGAAGAGUGUGGGAUCAGGUGGAGCGUGUGGUUGAAGGGAACGCCAAUGUGAGGGCAAACCUUGAAGAAGUACAAGGUGGGGACGAACUUCGGGUCUGGCGAUGGGUAGGAUCUACAGGCGGACCAGACUUUCGGAAGAAGGUUCAAUUUGAGACACAAAAGGAUGAAGUGAAUGCUAAUGCCCUGUGAACCACGCUGGUUCUAGUCACGAUGGUUGAUCGACUUAUUGUUUUAACGAGCUUCUUAUGUCGUGCUUGGUUGUUUCUGUGCUUGAUAACUAUAUAGCGUCUUUAUGCCCUCAAUUUUGUUCACAAUACUUGGUAGCCAAACUGUCGUCUGACCAAUC